CUCGAGACACGCAACCAACUUCAGACGAUUUCUAGGCUCCAGCGGCCACAGUAUCCUCAAGCCGCUGGACCCAGACUUGAUCCCCAAAUCUGACGAGCACACCGCGACCAUGGCGCAAGACCCACGCGCGCUCCUGCAGAAGGCAGAUAAGGCUGCUCAGUCUGCGACUGGCGGAUUCUCUCUAUUUGGUGGCCGGACGGAGAAGUGGGAGAAUGCUGUCGAACUGUAUACGCAGGCCGCGAACGCCUUCCGUAUGCAGAAAGCAGGCAAAGAGGCCGGGCAAACAUUUGAGAAGGCAGCACAGAUUCAGUCCUCCAAACUCAGCGAGCCUGAUGACGCCGCGAAUACCUUGACCGAAGCAUACAAAUCUUAUCGAAAAGAUGAGCCCGAGGAGGCAGCGAGAGUACUCGAGCAGGCUAUCCAGCAUUACACUAUCAAAGGUAACUUCAGGAGAGCAGCCACGCACAAGCAGAACCUCGCAGAGCUGUACGAGGUGGAGCUUCAGGACCAGAAACGGGCGAUGGAAGCCUAUGAGACAGCGGCGGGUUGGUACGAGAACGACAACGCUGAGCAACUUGCGAACAAGCUCUAUCUCAAGCUUGCUGAUAUCUCUGCUCUCGAGGGCGAUUAUCUUAAAGCGAUCUCCAACUACGAACGCAUCUCGAAAUCCGCGAUAAACAACAAUCUCAUGAAGUGGUCGGUCAAGGAGUACUUCCUGAAAGCAGGCAUCUGUCACCUCGCCAAUGGCGAUAUGGUGGCUAUGAACAGGGCGCUCGACUCCUACCGAGACCUUGAACCCGGCUUCACCCAGACUCGGGAGCAUCAACUUCUUGUUGAUCUCGUAGAGGCAGUAGAUGAGGGAGACCAAGAGAAAUUUGCGGACAAGCUGUUCCAAUUUGACCAGAUGUCAAAGCUUGAUAAGUGGAAGACGACGCUGCUUCUGCGGGUCAAGGACAACAUCGAGCAGAAAGAGGAUGAUUUCGCGUAGUCGUACGUGUAUGCAGAACCAGUGGCGUCUGGAGUUCAUGCUUGUGGGAGGCAGCGGCAACCAUAGAAGUGGCCACAGCGGAGCAGACCGGAGACCUGUUCAUGGGCAGUUGCCAUGACAGCUGUGGGCGAUCCAACGUUGGCCGGCGGGAUAGCAGCUUUUUCCCGCCACCACGGGCAUCCAUAUCCUUGCUCCUCUAUUCAUUUUCCUUCUCGUCUCGAGUGUUUGCAUCAGCGCCCGAUGCUGCUGGGAUGUCGUGUGGUUGCGUUGACCCAAACAGCGCCUUCCUGAUGCCCCAGGCAAAGCCACCGCUGUCAUAUUUAUUGACCUCUUCCUUGGCCUCCUUGAGGUCACUGAUAAUGGCCUGGCUCAGCACAUUGUCCUUGUUCUCCUCUCCAUGCUGUUCGCGGAAGGUCCCAGCACGCUUUUCGGCAUCUUCUUUGAGCGCUGGCUGGAAGGCCGUGUACGCCGUGAAGACACCACAGAUGCCAGCCAGCAGACCUCCGGCAAGCCCAGCACCGCCCCUCAUGAUGCUUUGAAGUGGGCUCGCAAGUGGUAAAGGGACAUCAACAUCUUCAAUGAUGGCACGGACUUGAGAUGCGGCGAGAUCGGAGGAGAGCAUGCCGGACCCCGGUCAUUCGUCCCGCCGCUUGGUGUUCCUCGACCGUUCAUGAUCACUGAUUCGCGAUACGAUGAAAUGGAGAAGCGCCAAAGUA